CAUCGAUACCAACAAUCCAAGUCAUGCGAAUCGUGUUGUUUUGAUGACAGUUCGGCAUUGGGCAUCCCUAAAAUAUUGAGUGCUUAGAUCGCUGUGCUUGUCGUAUUUCUUUUUCGUAGACGGUUUAAAUAGUUAAGUUUCCACAAAUAAGUAUCAGUACAGCAAUAAUUUAUUAGCUUAAACUUACAUUUUAAAUAUUAUUUAGUGUCGUAGUUAAUAAAUGUCAUAAAUAUGGCGCAUUUGCAAUACAUGCCCGGGGAUCCGCGUCUUGUCGAUCAACUCGUUUAUGAAUUAAAAUCGAAGGGUAUAUUCGAUCAGUUCCGUAAGGACUGCAUAGCUGAUGUGGACACUCGCCCAGCGUACCAGAACUUGAGGCAGCGUGUUGAGAACUCUGUGUCCUCAUUCCUGUCCCGGCAGUGCUGGAAACCAGACCUCAACAAGAAUCAGCUUCGGGAGAAACUUAGAAAACAUAUCUUGGAUGGUAACUACCUAGAACAGGGUGUAGAAAGGAUCGUCGAUCAGGUGGUAAACCCAAAAGUGGCGUCAGUAUUCAUACCACAAGUAGAAGACCUAGUAUACAACUACUUAGGUGUACCUAGAAAGAAAACAAGUGCAGAAACAUCAAACGGGAAAUUGGGUGCAGAUGAUCUCCUACCGACAGACUUGGAAGCUGUCAGCCCUGGAUCAGUCAAAAGCAAUGAUGACAAAUUUGAAGAUAUGGACAGAGACCUUGAAGAGAAUAAGAUGGAAAUAGACAAUGUAAAGGAUGAAGACAAACCUUCAGUUUCAGAAAUUGAAAAACCCAAAGUUGAAGACACACAAAACAAUGUCAAUGAACUCACAAAUGAUUCUGAUAUGGACCUAGAUAAGUCACAUGAUGAUAUAAAGCUAGAAAAUAUUCCGCCUCCUGACAAUAGUCCGCCGAAGGUAGAAAAUGAAAAUAUACAACUUGAGAAAAUUGAACUUCCUAAAGAACCGAACACACUUUUGGAAGCACCUCACCCUGAUGAAAUACCGCUUCCAAAAGAUGAUAAGGAUCACUUCUUCAAACCUGUAGGUGUUAAUAGUGAUGAUGAUUCAAGCAGCGAUUCGUCCCUGCGAAGGAACAUGUCUCCAUUAACUCCAAUCAGAAAUUACAAUAACGAAAAUUCUUGUGAUGCCCAGCAGGCAUUCGAGAAUGAUUCAGAUAGCAAAAGUAACGAUGUUAAAAAGGAACCUAGUUCGUUUAGGUUCGCCAUAGAAGCUAAAUCUCCAGAACAAAAUAGUUUGGAAGCAAAACCAGAGAAGAAAGAUAGUGAGCAAGCAAACUUGGCUUAUCAGUUCAACAAUCAAGUGAAUAUUAACACGACACACACCUUCAACACGCCGGUGUAUGACGACAGUUCAAACAGCAACAACUUACAAAUAGAUUAUGAAAGUGAUGUUAACAGCAAAAAUAACGCAGAGAAAGUACCUGAAGCUGACCAGAACUCAGAAGACAAAAGAGAUAAAAAGAGUGACGAUAGAAAAAGUAGUCAUAAGAGCUCCCACAGAUCCAGGGAUUCACACAGACAUUCAAGUAGCAAAGACAAGAGUAGGUCAGAAUCUAAACAAUCAUCGUCUAGAGAUAGUAGCAGGCAUGACAAGAAACCUAAAGACGAUCACAGCAAAUCUAAAUCCAGUCACAAGGAGAGAGAGAAGUCGAGAGACAGAUCUGACAAGAAAGAUAGUAGGGACUCUUCUAAACAUAGAAGUUCUACACACAAAAGAGUUCUGAGAAAAGUUCUGAUAGGAGUUCUAGGGACAAAAGAGAUUCCAAAUCUAGCUCCCAUCGGUCAGACAAAGAUAAGAAGAGUAGUAGCAAGAGCAAACACGAUGAGAAAGAUAAGAAAAAGGAAAAGAAAGAUAUUGACGACCAUUAUAGUGUCUCAGGUAGAGGCAACCACUCGAGGCGAUCAACGGACAGAGAUUCAAAUGACGGCAGCUCAUCUUCCAAAGGAUCUCAGAACCAAUCUGGUUCAAAAACUGCAGAAAGUAAGAAAGAAACCAAGAGCUCUAGCUCCAAAUCAGACAACACUUCAACUAGCGGAGAAUCAAACAGCCCCAGUGAUAAAGAACAUGUUAUAACUACCGCCAGUGACGUUAAAAAUAACCAAAAACCCAUCAGAGUUGAAAAUCAUUUAGAGAACCCUAUCACAAGCCCCCCAAGAUUACCUUUUGUACCAGAUGUCACGUUAAAAAAGCCAAAAUUCGCAGCCAACCUGGAAGAAGCUAAACGGAUGAUGAAAAUGAGGAAGUUUCUAGACGAAGAACAGAAGAGAAUGAAUCAAGAGGCCGCGUUACUUCUUGAAUUUCAGGCGAAUGUAAGGCCUAGUUUGAGUCAAGUGUAUUCUAGCAUUCCUGGACCUGAGUUAGAAUUCGCGUGCGUGGGCAGUGAAGUAAAUAGUAUUGUGCAAACUGAAAUAAGCAAAACUGAACCUGUUGUAGAACCUGCAGAGCCUGAACAGCUUAUAGAAGCGAUGGAAACUGUAGACACUAUAGAGCCUACGCUCAUGGAAGAAAUAUCAGAAUACAGUAAAGCUUCAGAGAAAAGCAAGAAAGACGCGUUAGACAAUUUAGUUGAAGAUGAAAAUAAGAAGAGGACAGAAUUCUUCGAAGUCACUAUUAUAACGGAAGAAUUAUCGGAAACUGAUGAACCAGAAAAUACCUUUACAGCGGAUUCAGAGCCAGAAACAGAAGUUAAAGAAGAACCUACAAUAUCAGAGGAAACAUCGAAGGAGACUGAAUCUCCAAGGUCACCUAAACCAGCAAUACUUCAAACAGCUACACCGGAUGAGGAAACUUUACAAUACUUUGCUGAACAAGAAAAAUUCGACGCAGAAUUAAAGAGACAUCAAUACAGCGAAUUCUUAAAAGCAUACAUGGAAAGAAACGUGGUUUCCAACAAAAUCCACAUCAUAAACUGCGAUUCAUAUGAAGAGAAUAUAAUAAAAGAGGUAUGCGCGAGCUUUGGAAACUUUGAUGUCAUAAAUUACUACAAAAAUGGGCAUUUCAAAUUGCAGAAUACAGUUAAAAAUGUAAUCAAAAACGUGAACUUGGCUUCAGAGAUAUCGUUACCUAUAGACAACACAUAUGAUUCUAAGUCGCCUACCCCUGUCUUUAGUCCGUCAAAAUCGGAGUGUUCCUUCGAACUGUCCAGUGAUUAUGAUGCUAAAUUAGAAGAGAUGGUGAACAAGACGUCUCGGCAAGAAGUCAUGGAGAUUAUACUUGGUAGCGUUAUAAGUCAGGAUGAGAAUCCUUCGAUAGACUAUUGUAUGGAGUCUAACAUUGAUAAUGAGUUGCACCUAAAAAGGAAAUUGGAGGCCGAACCUACUGAGAACAACAACAGGCAGGUUUUGAAGAAGAUGAGAAAAAUGAGUGACUCCGACCAGAUCUCAUCGACAACAGAAGAUUUGCCAAACAGUCCAUCAAGUGACAAAUCAGUGGAGAACUACGAACAGAAUACGCAAGCAACUCCACAGACUCCAAAUGGGAAACUCAAGUCCGUCACACGAACGAAAGUCCAAAGGUACGAUACCUCCGACCUGUACAAGCCUAAACUCCAUUAUUUGUCCAGAAGGAAUAACAUUACUUAAAAAAGUAUUUGUUUUACUGUCUAUCUCUAUCCUAAACUGAAAUGUGACCACUUACUUACCGCGUCGCUAAUAUAUGCUA